UGCAGACAUAUACAUACAUACAUACACAGUCCUCUCCUCGUCUCUUCCCAUCUGUUUACCCUCCAAGAAUUUGCACUUUUCAAAAGAAAGUAGUAUAAGAUGGCAGAAGCGGAGGACAUUCAGCCUCUCGUGUGCGACAAUGGGACAGGAAUGGUUAAGGCUGGAUUUGCUGGAGAUGAUGCUCCACGAGCUGUAUUCCCUAGCAUCGUCGGGCGCCCCCGUCACACUGGAGUUAUGGUGGGUAUGGGGCAAAAGGAUGCGUACGUUGGAGACGAGGCUCAAUCCAAGCGUGGUAUUUUAACUCUCAAGUACCCGAUAGAGCAUGGGAUAGUGAGCAAUUGGGACGACAUGGAGAAGAUAUGGCAUCACACGUUCUACAAUGAACUUCGUGUUGCCCCAGAGGAGCACCCCGUCCUCCUAACUGAAGCACCUCUCAAUCCCAAGGCUAAUAGGGAGAAGAUGACUCAGAUUAUGUUUGAGACGUUCAACGCUCCGGCCAUGUACGUCGCUAUUCAAGCCGUGCUUUCCCUGUAUGCUAGUGGUCGUACUACUGGUAUUGUGUUGGACUCUGGUGAUGGUGUGAGCCACACCGUCCCUAUCUAUGAGGGCUACUCCCUCCCACACGCCAUCCUUCGUCUCGACUUGGCUGGCCGUGACCUUACUGAUUACUUGAUGAAAAUCCUGACCGAACGUGGCUACUCUUUCACCACAUCCGCGGAGCGUGAAAUUGUGAGAGACAUGAAGGAGAAGUUAUCUUACAUUGCUCUAGACUAUGAGCAAGAACUUGAGACUGCAAAAACUAGUUCUUCGGUUGAGAAGAGCUUUGAGCUGCCAGAUGGGCAGGUGAUCACCAUCGGCAAUGAGCGAUUCCGGUGUCCCGAGGUUCUGUUCCAGCCCUCAAUGAUCGGAAUGGAAGCAGCUGGCAUCCAUGAGACUACAUACAACUCCAUCAUGAAGUGCGAUGUCGACAUCAGGAAGGACCUUUACAGCAACAUCGUACUCAGUGGUGGUACUACCAUGUUCCCUGGAAUAGCUGACAGGAUGAGCAAGGAAAUUACAGCCUUAGCUCCAAGUAGCAUGAAAAUUAAGGUUGUUGCUCCUCCUGAAAGGAAGUACAGUGUCUGGAUUGGGGGCUCCAUCUUGGCAUCUCUCAGCACUUUCCAACAGAUGUGGAUAGCAAAGGCUGAAUACGAUGAAGCAGGUCCAUCAAUUGUCCACAGAAAGUGCUUCUAAUCAGGCACUACAAAGAGCUACGUACCAAUUAUUUGAUUUUUUGUUUUAUUUUAUUUUAUUCAAGAUUUUCGACGUUUUCUUUAGGAGAACAUUAUAAGAAAUUUCAUUUUUCGUAAGGAAGAGUUUUUUAUAAUAAGUGUAAUUUUUGUCACAAGAUGCUUGGGCAGCGCAGUGUGCUCGUUAUGAGUCUUGUCCUCCGAAGCCCGAUGCUAAAAGUUCUUGUAAUGAAUUUCCCCUUCGUUGCCACGGUUUUGGUAACAGAAGUGUUUCCUUGCAAUAGCAUUCGUUCUAGUAUCGUUACGAAAA